AUGGGGAGCGACGACGCCGUAGUUAUACAGGUGGGGAAGAGGGCCGGCGAAGCGAGCGUGAUCACCGUCAAUUGCCCCGACAAGACUGGCCUCGGUUGUGAUCUCUGCAGGACGAUUCUCGAGUUCGGGCUUCGCAUUAGCAGAGCAGGUGAGUCUGGUCCCGUUCUACUUCCCUCUUUUUCUGUUGUCGAAGAUGCCGCGGAUUACGUGCUCAUCUGUGAGGGAAUUCAGCAUCGCUAAUGGUUACAUUCUUCGCCGAUCUUUACGGCGGGAGUAGGCAUUUCGGUGUACGAACUCUACAGUAUUUCUGUUCGUCGUUUCUCUGGAUCUCUCAUAGACUCCCACAAUCCCAGGCUACAUAUGUAGCUCUCUUUUGAAACCCUACCUUAUACCCGUUGACUAUGCUUUGCUCGGCGUUCGCCGUCGGGAUUCUGACUCCUCUGUCUCUUCUCCGCCCGUGAUCUCGGAAGAUGUAUCGACCGAUGGAAAGUGGUGCUACGUAGUAUACUGGGUCAUCCCCUGCCCGGAGCUAGGAUCUGUCAAUUGGGCCCAUCUCAAGGACCGUCUCCUGUCGGCAUGCCCCUCAUCGUCGAUUUCCUUCUACUUUGAUUCCGGCGCGCGGACGGCUGCUUCUCAGGUAUACCUCUUGAAGGUUCUCUGUAUCGACCGGAAGGGACUGCUGAACGGUAAGCAUCAUCUUGCUUGGUCAUCAUCGAGUGAGGUCGCUAUUGGAGGAGAUAAUCAAUGUGCUGAUUGGUUUUCUGGUUUCGUUCCAGAUGUUACCCGGAUUCUCGGUGAGCUCGAGCUCAUCAUUCAGAGGGUGAAGGUUUCUACGACCCCAGAUGGCCGAGUUGUAGACUUCUUCUUCAUCACCGACGGCAUGUGAGAAUCAGCUUUUGGAUUUUAACAUUUGCCCGAGUGAAAACGAAAUGCGGAAGACUUUUUGGAGGAAAAUUUAUCUUCUCUCCGUUGACUGUUUUCGGUGCCUGAUCCAGGGAGCUGCUGCACACCAAGCAGAGGCAGGAGGAAACCUGUGCGAGACUCAGCGCUGUGCUGGGGGAGUCGUGUGAGACCUGUGAAAUUCAAUCGGCAGGGCCAGAGUACGAAAUCUUCCAGCAGGGCUUCUCCUCUCUCCCCAACGCCGUCGCGGAAGAAUUGUUCAGGCCCGAUCUGCCGGAUAAUGAAAUCCGCUCGCAGGUCGCCGUUUCGGAUCUGACGAAGCUGAAGAAAUGCACCGUCUCCAUGGACAACUCCCUGAGCCCCGCCCACACGCUGCUGCAGAUACACUGCGUCGACCAGAAGGGUCUCCUCUACGACAUCUUGAGGACCCUAAAGGACUGCAACAUUCAGGUCCUUUCUCCAAAUUUUUCUCGCCGGGUCUGUCUGAAUUCAAAUUCUUUGUGUCGCUCUGAUAUCUUUAUAUUUCGCCUGUUCCAUUCAGGUAGCCUACGGGAGGUUCCUGUCGGACACGAAGGGGUGCCGAGAGGUGGACCUCUUCGUCCAGCAGAACGACGGGAAGAAGAUGGUGGACCCCGAGAAACAGGGCACCCUCUGUUCCCGCUUGAGGAUGGAGAUGCUUCACCCAUUGAGAGUGAUCGUCGUCAGCCGCGGCCCGGACACCGAACUCCUCGUGGCGAAUCCCGUCGAGCUCUCCGGCACGGGCAGGCCGCGGGUCUUCUACGACGUCACCCUCGCCCUCAUGAGCCUCGGCAUCUGCAUAUUCUCGGUGAGAGCCCGUCGAUCCCACAGAAAGCGGCUCCCUUUCUUCGUUUUCCUGGACGUCUUUCCUCUUAACAACGGGUUGCCUUGCGGCUUGCGCAGGCGGAGAUCGGCAGGCACUCUACGGCGGAGCGGCAGUGGGAGGUCUACCGGUUCCUGCUGGACGAGACGCCCGAGUUUUCUCUCUCGAGCGGCCGGGCGCAGGCCCGCGUGGUGGACAGGGUCAGGAGGAGCUUGAUGGGCUGGAACUAG